AUGAAAUAUUUUACAUCUGCCAUUCUUUUAUUGAUCACCGCUUCUAUUGCGGUGACUGUCGAUGCCAUCGUAACGGGAACUUACUUUGACCGAAUUGUUUUUGUUAUAUUCGAAAAUACUGGUUAUAAUGCAGCGGCCGCAUUACCUUAUUUGCAAGAUUUAACUACCCGUUCUAAUGGUCUUCUCCUUUCCAACUACUUCGCAAUCUCACACCCGUCUCAGCCAAAUUACAUUGCCACAAUUUAUGGUUCAACCGCUGGUAUCACGGACGAUAACAAUCAUAAUGUUGCAGGAAAUAAUGUAGUUGACCUUCUUGAAGCCAAAGCUGGCAACUGCUACACUGGAGCUACUGCACCUUCGGGCUCUCACCUUUACGCAAGGAAACAUGAUCCUUUCAUUUCAAUGAAUGAUAUAAGGCAAAAUUCCGCCCGCUGCGCGAAAAUAGUUCCGCUCACCCAACUUGAUACUGACAUUUCAAACAAUGCUUUACCACAAUAUGUUUAUGUUGUACCAAAUCAAAACAACGAUGGACACGACACUAAUGUAACAUUUGCGAUACAGACUUGGUUUAAAACUUGGCUUGAGCCAAAACUUUCGCAACCUGCUUUUACAACAAAUACAUUAAUCUUUUACACUUGGGAUGAAGAUGAUGGUAGUCAAAACAACCAUGUUUUCGCUGGUCUUCUAGGUACUCCCGUUGUACCCCCCUCCAAUCAUAAUGAUCCUACCGCUUAUAAUCAUUAUUCGUUUUUGAAAACCGUAGAGCAAAAUUGGAAUACAGGAAAUUUGGGUAGGAAUGAUGUCGGUGCGACUGCGUUUACUCAAUACUUACAUCAUCCUUAA